AGUCUUAUAAUUCAACAGUUUAACAAUAAACUGAGACUUUCUUCGGUUGAAAAAUUAUCGAGAUGUAAAUGUAGCCUAAUGGAAAUGGAGCCACAAGACGACUUUUGCCGUUUUUGCAAGCAGAAUAUGAGAAUGGUUGGCUUGCACAAAUACUCAGUCAACAUUUUCGAUAGAUUUGGGAAACCAAGUAUAUCCGAAAGACUUUUUCAUGUUGGCGUGACGGUAGUAAACAGACCAGUGUCGAAUAGGAUUUGUCGGCGGUGUGUCACCUUUUUAACAAGACUGGAACGAGAUUUGCCUGUGUAUAGGAGGUGGAUAGAGGAUGAGAAACACGAUGAAGCCUCAACAAGUCGCUCUGAUAAAAGAGACAGCGAGCCAAGGGCUCUGAUAAAGUUGUGCCACAACCCUGCAAGUCCUGGUAAAGCUAAUGUUGGAAGGAAUAUUACCAAUAUUACGGAGGGGAUAAGAGCGGAGGAAGGAUCAAUCCUGAUUGUGCGAGACCCAAGUAUGAAAUCAGAGCCUGAUGAUAUUGUGAUAUCCGACACUGCAUUAUUGACCCCACCAGCGACUACGGAAUACGUCAAAGCGGAAUGUGCUUCAGAAUUAGGGCUCAAUGAGGGAGGAUCAAUCCAGACUGUGCAAGACCCAAGUGUGAAACCCAAACCUGGCACCGCUGACAGUUCCUGUCGAAUUUUGCCUCCUGUAAGACACGUAGCCUCCCAAACUGACCCCCCGAAGAUAAAAUCGGUCGGCACACAGCUAUCCAUGCAAACUCUGCAGAAUCCCUUUCGAAGUAAAGCUACCCAGGUGAAGAUGCCCAGCAGAGAUUGCGGUGUGUGCACCGACACCUUCCCCUUGGACAGUCCACUACUGCUCCUACAACCAACAUUAGUAAAGAGACCAUCCAAGAGACCUCGACUCAGCCUUACAGACGAGGAGGAAGGCCCUUCAGAACCCAGCUCGUCUGUGGCCGUUCAUGAACCAGAGGACUCAACAUGACUCUGUGGACUCAGUCACUGUCGUGGGCUAGCGGUCUCUUUUCACCUUCUCAUGGAAAGGAGUUGGUGGAUGACAGAUUAGUGAAUGGGACAAUAAAGACUGCUGAGAACUUGCGCAAGGCACCAAGCCCUCAGUAGUUGGAACUACUAACUUUAGGCACCUGAUUCUCCUGUUUGGUCACUGAUUUAACCCUCUGAGGUCUAAGGGCAUUUUCACAUAUCUUCUUACAUAUCUUUUGUUUUUUAGUGAAUAAACUGUAUAGUGAUGCCCAUAUUUUCAAGAGCAAAUGUGUAAAGAGAUAAUUUGGCCCUAAAGCUGAAACUUUGAUGUUGGCUUUUUGAAAGUCCUCAAAUCUCUUUUGAAUAAAAAAAAAAUCUUAAAGAAAAGAAGUUGGUUCAUAUAAAGUAUGUAAAGCUGGACCCUUUGUAUGGGUUUCAUUACUCAACUAGCUAUGUAAAGAGGUGACGUUCUUUGUGAAUUUGAAAAUCUUGGAAUGGCUUAAUGAAAAAAAAAAAUACAUAGUCACUUUUCUCAGUAAGUCUCCUAUUGUCCUAAAACCCAAGAGACAAAUUACUGGACAAAUUUCUUACUUACCAGGCGCAGUGCUGGACGUUGUCCACAAGGUGGUGCACUAUGCUGAUAAAUUAAGUAUAAACUCCACACAAGGACUGGAUAAUACAGCAUGUGCCUGUUGACCUCCGGCUGCUUGUUUGUUGUGUACUGCAUUCAAAUGACAAUCACUUGUAAUGCAGAGAAUAAUACAUGAUUCAGAGUCACACAAA